GCGUCGGCUAUGAUGUCAAACGGCGGCGCCACGUCUUAAAGAGAAGGGGUGUCGAGAGGGGGGGUGUCGGUUAGAGUCAGCAAAGCGGGCACUAGCGCCAAAAUACCUACCUUGUUUGUUUGUUUGUUUCUUAGUAACCUUUUUUUGUUUUUGCUUUUGGAAAAGACUGAAAGAGAAAAAGCCACCAAUCGCGCUCGGAUGUGCCUUUUUUUUUAUUUUAUUUUAUUUUCUACUUUACGGUAAAAGCAAAAAGUGUCUAAUAUGCUAAGUGAAAAACAAGUUGCCUAUGUAACGUUUAGACGAAAGCUAUAUACCAUGAAAGUGUACAUGUUUGUGGAUACAGUGUAUGUAUAUAUAUGAUAUAUAUUAUAUAUACAUAUAGCAUGUAUACACUUACUCAAUCAUUUGUAUAAAGUGACUUCUGUAUUCAACCCACAUCGGCAUCUGUUCAGUCCCAACGACGCCCAGCAGUCGGAUAAAAACAAAGAAAAAAAAACACACAAAAAGCCAUUUUUGGUUUUUUUCCUCCUCGUUAGCCAAGCGACGGCGGGCACUUAAAGGGACGUGUGCUUCACCUUCGUCACUCAUUCCGGAUUCCUGACUUUAUUUUUGGGGAGAAACACACUCGUGCACUUUAGGGCCGUCCCGUCGAGGAGCUGCCGCUGCUGUUGUGGAGUUUUUACUUUCGCUCGUCUUCUCCCGCUCGCCACAACAGCACGCUGCUUCUUGCAUUUAUUUUAAUGCUGGGUUGUUUUUUUUUUUGUUUGUUUUUUUUUUUGGGGGGGGGGGGGGUGUCUUUGCCAGGAGACCAGUCAGUAUUUGCAAGGUGGCCAUCUUUUGUUUUCUUGGCUCUCUUUGACGCUAAUGUGGCCUUUUAACUGCUUUGUACUCAUUCGUGGUCUCAUGACUAAUAAAUCACACAAGUCUUAUUUUCUACUUGGAACGCUCGCUGCUCUUGUUUCCGGAAGCUAGUGAGACAUUUUCACAAAUACGGCAGGUUCCCUUCGCUAUUCCGAAAAAUCCACUCAUAACAAUGCUUACUUUUCAUACUUUAAAACCAUCAAAAUAGGAAUUAAAAAAAAAAGGGUAAGCUAAAAGUCUUCAUUUAACAAGAAUAACAUCAGAAUAUGAGGAAAAUAAGUUUACUCACAACGUUACAUUUUAAAAUAGAUAUUUUUUAUGUUAUAUGAGAAACAAAACAAAAUAAAGAUUUUUUUUUUUGGACAAUUUAAUUGGCUUUUCUACCUGUAUGACAAAAUAGCCCUCGCAGGAAAAACCUUAGGACACCCCUGCACUAUAACAUUCCGGUCUUACACGUCAGCUCUUGUCCGAGCAUCUUCCUGCUGGAAAAUGUUGAGGGCUUUUCGAGACAGCGCCAUCAGCAGAAUUCAUAGCGGUAGCAUUGUUUUUUUCCCCCUGCAGAUGGCGCCAUCCAACUUCUUUACCAAUAGAAAUACUGGACUAUAGCCUUUUUCCUCAUAGUGGCCUGGGGUGUCUGCUUACUCAACUGCAGAGAGGACAAGGCAUAAGUUGGAUAUGAUUUGAAAAGCCAUAUAAUAAUAAUAAAAUAUAUAAUGUAUUUUGUAUAUUUCUCACCAUAAAUAUUAAGUAAAACAUACGGCUUUACCAUGCGUUUUGGGUGGGGGGGGGGUUGCCUAAAUGAAGCAUGUUCAAGCAUAAAAAAGGCUAACUGAAGUAAAACAUAAGGAAGACGUUGGGACGAUAUGCUGUAUUCUACACUGGCCACUAGGUGUCAGUAAUGUCCCAUUGAUGAAACAAUAACCACCGUACAAUAACACAAUGCUAACAAGGGUGAGCCUGCAUUAUGUCUUAUUAUUAUUAUUAUUAUUAUGGCUACAUAGGAUUGUAAAAGUGACUAUAAAAAGAAAACUUAUGUAGAAGGCCAUAAACACGAACUACCAAAAUAUUCUAUUUAGAAAUAAAGAUUCCUAUUUGGUGGAAAUUGACAUAAAUUUGCAACCGAUUAACAGUGAUAAACGAGGGAUGACGUAUUAUAUUUAUUACAACAUUGUAACAUACAGUAAGUUGGUCCAUGUGUAGCAGCUUUACAGAUGCCAUGUGUGAUUGACGUGCAAGCGUUGAUCGGUGUUUCGAGUGGAGGUGUUUCGGCUAUUUCUUGUAUUUUCUCUCCCCAAACUUCAGCUUUACAGAUGCCACCUGUUACUAUGGAGUGUCUAUGGAGGUGCGGCAUCCAUUACAGAGGAGGCUCGUAUUGGAGGAAAUGCAGUAUUUUUAACUCAUGUGGUUGGUUUCUGUCCUAUAUCCAGUUUAAAGGUCAACUUAAACUUCAGCUUUACAGAUGCCAUCUGUUUAGGAACUCUAUUAUGACUAAUUGAGGUGCGGCGUCUAUAGGAGUGGAGGCUCCCAUUGCAGGAAAUGCUGUAUUUUUAACUGCAGUGUAUUGUUUUUGUCCCAAGUCCAGGUUAAGGAUCAUAUUCAACUUCAGCUUUACAGAUGCCAUCUGUUAACAAAGUCUAUGGUGACUACUGGAGGUGCGGCGUCUAUUAGAGCAGAGGCUGCCAAUGGAGAAAAUACGGUAUUUUUAACUCCAGUGAUUUGCUUUUGUCCCAAGUCCAGUUCAAAGGUCAUCUUAAACUUCAGCUUUACAGAUGCCAUCUGUUUAUGAUUACUAUGGUGAUUAACUAAGGUAUGGUGUCUAUUACAGUCGAGGAAAUGCAGUAAUUUUAACUCCAGUGGUUUGUUUUUGUCCAAAGUGCAAUUUAAAGGUCAACUGAAACUUCAGCUUUACAGAUGCCAUCUGUUUAGGAAGUCCAUGGUGACUAAUUGAGGUGCGGCGUCUAUAGGAGCGGAGGCUCCCAUUGCAGGAAAUGCAGUAUUUUUAACUGCAGUGUAUUGUUUUCGUCCCAAGUACAGGUUAAGGAUCAUAUUCAACUUCAGCUUUACAGAUGCCAUCCGUUUAUGAUGACUAUGGUGAUUAACUAAGGUAUGGUGUCUAUUAGAGUCGAGGAAAUGCAGUAAUUUUAAUUUUCAGUGGUUUGUUUUUGUCCCAAGUGCAAUUUAAAGGUCAACUGAAACUUCAGCUUUACAGAUGCCAUCUGUUAACGAAGUCUACGGUGACUAAUUGAGGUGCGGCGUCUAUUAGAGCGGAGGCUGCCAAUGGAGAAAAUACAGUAUUUUUAACUCCAGUGAUUUGCUUUUGUCCCAAGUCCGGUUUAAAGGUCAUCUUAAACUUCAGCUUUACAGAUGCCAUCCAUUAAUAAUGUCUAUGUUUAUUAAUUGAGGUGCGGCGUCUAUUAGAGCGGAGGCUCCCACUGGACGAAGUGCGGCGGUCCUUUCUAAAGGAAGUUUAAGGUCAGAUAAAAUGUCAGCUUUACAGAUGCCACGUGUUAAGGUUCAAUGGCAGUUUAUUGGGGCACGGUGUCUACUUGAGUGGAGUGGAGUAAAGAGUCAAACGGUGCUGCAUGGUCCCUCGCUGUCCUCGCUAUCGUCCCACAGAGUUCCACUAGGCGGCGCCACCGAGAAGUUGGGUUGAGCCAGCAGGCCCGGUCCUGGUCUGAAGAAGACAACAGAUGAAGGGGAAGUCCAACAGUCAGGUAAGAUGGGUCCAUCUCACCUCAGGUUGUCCCUCACGGCCACCAAGUUCUGCCUGGAGGACGUCUGGACCGGGAUGAAGCCUUGCCUGUGGUCCUUCUCUGGAGCCGGGUUGGCCUGCAACACAAACAGUCAGCGUGUUUGCGGACGCGAUUAGCUUAGCACGAUGCUAAGCUAAGCUAAACGAUGCUGACCUGCUUAGACGGGUCGUCCCAGAUGGGCCUGAAGGCGCUGUUGGCGCGGAGCGGAGGAGAGCCAGUCCUGACGCUGACCAGCCUCUUGCUGGCCAAGCAGGAGGUGAAAAGGCUGGGCCCGUCUGUGAACGUCCUGGUGGACUUCCUUACCGGGGGGUGAGGGGUCAAUCUGGGAAUCUGCCACCUGAGACAAACGCUCCUCUCGGAAUGCUGCCGAGGCUUCAGGAGCACCGGGACCUGGUUGUCCUCCUCGUCCUCCGGCGCCUCCCUGCACAGGGCGCCGUCAGGGCUGCAGGACGUCACGGAGGAGUCGUCCAAGGCUGAGGUGUCCCCGUCCGUCGUGUGCUCCUCCAGGUCCUGGUUUCCGUGGUGGGUGUCCAGCUCCGACGCUCCUUUCCCAUUUUGCCGGCUGAAGGCGCCCCGGCCUGAGCCGCUGGUCUCGCCCCAUCCCGGGGUGUCCUGAGUGAGGAGUGGGGGGAGCCCGGAUGGGCGGAGACGCUCCAGGCAUUUCUUCCUCCUCACCGGGCUGCAGGACCAGCACUCCAGACGCAAAGGGUGGCCAACGCCGGACCCGUUGGUGAGCCCCAAAGACUCUCUGGCGAGUCGGAAGACAAGCGAAGGUGUACGGUUGUCUCGCUUGUCGUGCUCGUUAUGACCAGCGGAUGGCGGCGACACUCACCCCUGUGCUGCAGUUUCUCCUUUUGCCCUCUGAGGAGCGCCGCUGGAGAUGUUGGCAGAUGAUCCACCAGCCGUGACGUCACAGCAACUGAUGCAAACGCACACACUCAGGAUGACGUGACAACGACACAAAACGUCCCUGAGCGCUCGCUCGGUGCCCAGCAGGAGGCGGCAGUCAGGAUGUUCCUUACUGGUCCACUGCAGCAGGUUCUCACAACGGGAAGGACAAAAAGAAACCUUGGAUAUUUUCCAUGCGGCUCACCUGGAUGUGACUCAGGUAGCAGUGGACACGGGACACGGGCGACAGAAGAAGCGAAAGGACUUGGAUUUGCUCCUUUUCCGCUCGGCCACUCUGUCGGCACACAGUGCAGGUCAUCAGAGCGCCACAGAGUACACACCAGGAGGAUUGGGUCCGCUGAUCUCCAGCGAGAGGAAGGACGCCAGCGUGCUGGUGUAGGCCACGUACAUGUCCGAGAAAGAUGUCUGCAUGGUGAAUAUGCAGGCUUUGAGGCCUUGCAGGAAGCAAUGGAGGAGGGCUUUUCCUCUGCAUGGAGCCUCCGAGGACCACGCCCCUCCCGCAGACGAGCGGUCACACUGGCCCCGCCCAUCAGCUGGAUGGCUGUGUCAGAGCCGUCUUCGUCCUGCGGAGGUCGCCGUCCGUCGGCGCACAGCUGCAACACCUGACAACGCAUCACGGCCAGCUCUUCCUGUGGGGCGGCGACAGGACAUCUCAUCAGCAGGCCAGGGCGAGUACUACUCCGAGUACUUCUCCGAGUACUCACGGCUGGCUCACCUUCAGCGACUCCACCAGAGCCUCCAGGCGCACGGCUUUCUUCUGACAACGCCGCCUGUUCUCCUCCAGCUCCUCACGCAGGAAGGAGUCUCCGUGCUGGAUGUGGGCCAGGUCCAGGACGGCCCCCGUCAAGCCCGUCCGAAGCUCAGAGACCAUGCUUUGGAGCUGACGAGAGGGAUGCGAAAUGUCUCUGAAAACGUCACGUUGAAGCCAUGAGGAACGAUGAGUUUGACUCUUCAUCCGAAGAAGACGACUCGGGACAAGAAGAAUUGACUCCUUUUGACAUCUCUUGGUUGCCUUUGGCUGAAGUGGAAUCCUCCCAGUUCCUUGGCAUAUGUGCACUUCCGGGUUGCAGAUACAAAGAUAUCCGCAGGAGCCUGCAGAAAGACGUCGAGGAGCUCCACAAGCAGGGCGUGCGGGAUGUGUACGUGCUGUGCACCAGAGGCGAGCUGGCCAAGUACCGCGUGCCGUCCCUGCUGGAGGUCUACCGGCAGAGGGGCUUCACCGUGCACCACGAGCCCUUCCCGGACGGGGACACCCCUGAGCUCGAGCAGUGUUGCCGGAUCCUGGACCAGCUGCAGGACAGCCUGGAGAGUCAACACAGGACCAUCAUACACUGUUAUGGAGGUUUGGGGCGCUCUGCGUUAAUCGCCGCCUGCCUGCUCAUUCAGCUGUCCGUAACCAUGACGGCCAACAAAGCCAUCGACAUUCUUCGGGCGCUCCGAGGGGGUGGAGCCAUACAGACCAUCAAACAAUACAACUUCCUGCAUGACUUCCGGGAGCGAUACAACGCCUACCAAGAAAGCAGGGAUGUUCCUACAGAGCGCUCCGUUUCUCGAUGAGCUGCAUUCCCCUUCGCUGUGACGUCAUCGAUGAGUGCACUUUAAAAAAAUAAUCAUAAUAUAUAUAUUUUUUUCCCAGUUACGGUAAUCAAAUUAGCUUCUUGAUGGUCUGUUUUUGGAUCUUAGGAAAUGGAAGUCUGGGGCUUUUGGUACAAUAGGCUGUAAUACGUCCUUAUAUCAUGUGGUAUAAGUACAUCCGUAGCAUUGCCUGACCUUUUUUUGCUAUUUACAUUUGAAAGUUAAAAAAAAAAAAUUCAAGUCUAAAACAGAGUUGGAUGGUUUUAUUUUGUCAAACUCGUCAAAAUGUUUUUCGAGGUGACAUUUUGGGAUGUGAUAGAUGAAGAGUGUUCACCCUGCACACAAAAAUGUACACAUUUGAACACUUUUCGUUCCUGUCUGAUGGCCUUAAGUGUCUGAACAAGACAUUGAAAUAGUGAGGAGUGCUGCAAGAAGAUACAAAUAUGACACGCAAAAAUAAAAAACGUAACACUGGAGUUCUAAGUUGGCGAUGGACAAUAAACAAUAAAAGUGCAUUCAACAAAAACAGUGGUGCAGUCCAUACAGGAAGUAUGAAUGUGUCACUUUUUAUUGUUGAGUGUACUUUUUCAAUUGGUCAUGAGUUUUACACGCAGCUUCUAUAAGACAGGUGAUGUGUUCGAGUGAUGCGACGGUGUACAAGCGGUCCCUGUGCGAGUGUCUUAUAGUGGAGUUGACGGAACCAACUAGGAAAUGUCUAGCUAGCUAGUAAACACUCUUGUCGUUGUAGCACAACCCCACCAUUAACACCAUCAUUGGCUCCAUGACAAGAAGAAAAGGGGAACGGGGGAGGGGGUUCAAUAGUCCUAUGCAGGGUUCUGUCCAUAAAAUGUUGGACGGCGGCGGUGCUGUGAGCUGACGCUGCGGCCCACAGAUUCAAGAUGGCGUCUUAGUAGUGUUGCCGAUGGGCGAUGGUCUGCGGUCGCUGCCGUGUCCAGCACUGACAUCCGAGUGUCCACAUGUCUCUCGGCACCUGCUUGGCCUUUAGGAGCUAACCAGGACGUAGAUCAUGCUGUUCCAGACAAGAAGGGCAUCAAGAAACGUUCGUAUUUGGUGAGUUUACCUUUCUUUGUUUCUUUUCAAAUAUCUGGUAAUGCCAAGUAAAUAUAAACGACACGUACCCGUAGAGAUAGUAGAAGAAGGACAGGAGGUAGAAGGCGAGCUUGCACCAGCCUUCCUUCUGACAGAAGCCCAGGAUGUCGGCGUUCAUGAUGGUCGUCGGGUCGUAGAGCCCCGGACCGCUCAUCACGGGUCUGCUUGUGUACCUGCAAAGGGACACCAUCGUGUUACUAGCGAGACUGGAUGCAAUUUUUUUUUGGGGGGGUGCACACCUACCUCCAGACAUGAUAGGCCAGCAGGGGCAGGUUGAGGCAGAGCGUGAGCCACUCGGCCGCACAGAAGAACAUGACGCAGAAGAAGAAAUGGAUGAGAUACUCCGGGAGCACCAGCUAAAAAGCGGGAAAUAAGUCGUUAGUUAGGCGUUGACCUUUUGACCCAAAAAAAAACGCGGUCGAUAAAAGAGUCGGAAAAAAACCAUCAAAGUGAGGCAUCAUGCUGGAGAUGAAGCGCGCUGAUGGGACAUACAACCAUCGGCUACACUGUCACUUUAAAUAAGAACCUCCGCCAAGGCCAAACUGUUAAGUGAUAUAGUAGUGUGUGUGUGGUUAAAGAAACCGAUACUGUCAACACUUUCAUCACUAUAACUGUCAACUAUUUAUCUUUUAUUGGUGACAUUUCACAACAUUUCAAUUGUACACAACUUUAUUUACCAAGCACAGCCCGCUCCCGACAGUUGUGGCCAUGGUCUUUUAAGAUCUAGAAAGCUUUCUUUUCUGUGCUGGUUAUGGUGUGGAGCUGCUAUGUCGAGGUCCACAACUCAAUGAGCAUCAUAGUAGGUCCCGCCUAUAUAUGGCUGUGUGGAAGUAUGUGACCCUUUUCUGUUAAGGAUUUUUGGGGCAUGUAUGCAUAUACUUGUAUCUUAUACUUACCUGAAGAAAAUACUUUAUCACAGGCCUCAUGUCAAAUUAACAAUAAUUAUAAUAUUGCAGCAAACAGAGCUCUGGUGUAUAUUUAAAUGUAGGGAUCCAAAGUGCAAAAAUGCUAAUGGUUACAUCUCUCAUCUCACACAGCGUACACCGUUUAAAUCCAGGACUGCAAUAUAUCCGUGCAACGUUAUCAUAGUAUUUAUACCUAAAAAUGUCAUCCAAUACUUCUCUACAAAAGAAGGAGAAAUAUGAUCUCAGGGAAGAAGUACAUUUGAAACACUUCUAUGCUAGCCAUAGCAUUUCAGUCUGUGGAAUCAAACUAUGGAAUGGAUUGAGUAAGGACCUCAAACAAUGCACAACGAUGAGCCAAUUCAAGAAACAAUACAAGCAGUUGAUGUUUGCUAAAUCCAAGGAUGAAGAGUCUUGAACCAGUCAUGAUGUGCUAUACAUAUCACUAUAUUGACACUUACUAUGGUACCCAUUAUGGCAUU